CCUCAGACCAGACAGCUGUGAUUAUGGAAGCGAGCGAUCAUUAUGUAUUUUAUUGCUUUUUGUAGACAAAUGCUGAUUGUCGAGCGCAAAGUGCGUUUAGAUAAGUGAGAUUAAGAUUAAUUGCUUUGUUUGUUCAUACUAUUUGGUUUUAGUGUGGUAAAAUGACUGAGUUUGGUCCUUUUGGUCCCCUUGUGGGGUCAAUUGACGAGGGCACAUCAAGUGCUAGAUUCAUUAUUUUUAAAGCAAAUUCUUCAGAAGUUGUAGCUUCACAUCAAAAAGAACUUUCCAAGAACUUUCCGCGUGAAGGAUGGGUGGAGCAAGACCCCAACGCGAUCUUAGAAGUAGUGGUUACGUGCAUCCAAAAAGCAGUUGAAAAGUUAGUAUCCCUAGGUGGAAACCCUAAGGACAUAAUAGCAAUUGGUGUGACUAAUCAAAGAGAGACAACUAUAGUGUGGGAUGUGAUAACCGGAAAGCCUCUACAUAAUGCUAUUGUUUGGCUUGAUAUGAGGACCUCGUCUACAAUAGACAAAUUGUUAGACACUGUUCCAAACAAAACAAGAAAUCAGAAUUAUCUUAAGCCACUUUGCGGUCUGCCACUGUCUCCUUACUUCAGUGCAGUCAAACUGAGAUGGCUCAGUGACAAUGUGGAUGCUGUCAAAAAUGCAAUGAAAGCUGGUACUUGCUGCUUCGGUACUGUAGACACAUGGAUCAUUUGGAAUUUGACAGGUGGGCCUAAUGGUGGUAAACAUGUGACUGAUGUCUCAAAUGCAUCAAGGACAAUGCUUAUGAAUAUUGAAACAUUGGAAUGGGACCCACUGUUGCUAAAAUUCUUUGAGGUUCCAAAGUCUGUACUCCCUGAAAUAAGAUCUAGUUCAGAGGUGUAUGGUUACAUUGCCGAAGGACCUGUAAAAGGUGUACCAAUAUCUGGGUGCCUCGGUGAUCAGCAAGCCGCAUUGGUUGGCCAGAUGUGUCUACAGAAGGGUCAAGCUAAGGCCACAUAUGGAACAGGUUGCUUUGUCCUGUACAAUACUGGCGACAUACGAGUAAACUCCAGCAGAGGUCUUCUUACUACUGUUGCAUUUCAGUUAGGAAAGGAUAAUCCUCCUUUCUAUGCUUUGGAAGGAUCAGUUGCAAUUGCGGGAGCAGCAUUAGGUUGGCUCAAAGAGAACAUAGAACUAUUGGACAACGUAAAGGACUCCCAGGAAAUCGCUGCUAACGCUACAGACAGCGGCAGUGUCGUAUUUGUUCCAGCAUUCAGUGGACUGUACGCACCGUAUUGGAGGCAAGAUGCUCGGGGGGUUAUAUGCGGAAUAUCUGAAGACACCAACUCCAAUAAUAUAGUGAAGGCGGCUCUAGAAGCUGUUUGUUACCAAGUAAGAGAUAUAUUGGACGCCAUGAACGAAGAUUGCGGAAUACCACUUCAAAUGUUGAAGGUCGACGGAGGGAUGACGUUCAACGAUCUCGUAAUGCAGAUGCAAGCGGACUUGGUCGGUAUAAAUGUAAUACGAGCAGGAUUCACCGAAAGCACGGCUUUGGGCGCGGCGCUAGUGGCGUAUUGGGGCGUAGAAGGCCACACACAGCAUGCACCCAUUGAAACUGGAGCAGGAAUGACGUUUAUGCCACAAAUAAGCGACGAUGAAAGGGACAUGAGGUAUAAGCAAUGGAAAAUGGCCGUUGAACGGUCGCUAGGAUGGGAACAUAACUAAUUAUCAGUACAAAGAAGCUCGUGGUGGUAUCCUCAUAUUUUUGGGUCUACGCUGUUAUACCUCGCACAACAAAAGGCGGCAUAUUGCAUAAAUAUGAUCCAAUCUUUACUAUGGGAAUCAAUUAAUACCUGACACGUAAGAAAACGAUAUAGGUAUGUUACAAUUACGAUAUACAGUCAAUAAAAGUUAUAAUGCAAUAAGUGACAGAAACAUUUUUAAGUGCUAUUUUCACGAAAAUUGAGUAGUCCGCGUUGUUCUAUGUUCAUGAAGGUUGCUAGUAAAAAAAUUAAAGGUGCAGUUAAGAUUGGAGUAGAAAACAUUAAUUAUGCAGAAAGUACUCCAAUCAUGAUUUCCUCAAUUCAUUUGUUUUAUUCAGGCCUCAGGCGCUCUGCUCACUGCAAAGAGUUGUAGCGGUAGAUAGCUUCCUCUACAAUGAAGCGUUCUCCCCUUGCCAGCACCUCGCCCCGCCCCGACGCCGCCGCGCCUUCGCCUCGGCUUCUUUAGGGACUGUCACAGUCUAGUGUAGUGAGCAGAGCGCCAUAUUUGUACGAGGUAGCUAGAAUCGCAAGAAGAAGGAUCUAAGAUAGGGCGUUAUAGUAAUGUGAGAUCAGUUGAGUUCAGAAAUUUAUGUAAGUUAAUUACAUAAUAGGUAAUAUUUAUAGACCAUCGCAUUUUGUUAUAAGUUUGAAACUGUUUAACAUUCUUUUUGAAAAGACAUAAUAAUAUGCAAACCCAAUUCCGCUUUAGUUCCUAGUUAUUAUCAUUUUUUAUUUAGAUUUUUAUAGGCAAGAUAAAGUCAUAUUCUACGAAUUAUUUACAAUAGUAUUUUAUCGUUGUCUUAGGAUUAUUUAUAUAUUAUUUAGUUUCUAAGGGUUUAAGGUUUCACACAGGAUAUGUUCAAUAAAACUACUGUUUAAUUAGAUUUAUCUAGCUAGACAGACAUAGCAUAAGUACAUAGUUUUUUAAUGGCCAAGUGUUUCCAUAAUCACACAAUAAUGCUGUCAGUUCAAUAAAUCUUACAUUGUUAUUUUCUUCUUAUGCUUUAGGGCUGAUAUUUCAAUAGUCAGAUAAGUGUUGCUGUCACAUCUGAAUGUUUGCAUUAGACAAUGACAGCAACAAUUUUAUUCUUAUCUGGCCAUUGAAAUAUAAGCCCUCACUUAAUUGGUGCAAAUCUAUUGUUGUACAUACUUAAAUGACUUUCUAGCGAACUCGUUAUUGGUCAGUAUCUACAUACAGACGAAGUUUGAAGUUAUAAAAAUGUAUCCCUUUGUUAUGGUUACUCGUAGGAGUCGUAGGCAUGGUUAGGUAUUUACCGGGUAAAACUAAGAUUGGAGUACCUUCAUUUUACUCGCUACCCGCUUAAUUUCAUAGGAUACAUUUUAGUUUAUAUUCAAUUUUAAAACCGAUUAUAUCCGCUAUUCUAAGGUUUUGCCGGUUUAUCUUAAUUUAAGAUUACCUUUACCUAACAUUAGCUGUAACAUAAUUAAACAUAUUUAUGGAGUUAACCACAUACUUACCUUAUCUUUUUGGAAAUGAGUAGAUAAUUAUGACUCGUAGCGUGAUAGCGAUGAAGUGUUUUAUAAUAGCUGGGAUUAAGUAAGAGUUAUUUUAUACCUCUAUACUACCUUUGUAAUUAUUGUGAUUGAAAAUAGGCAUGAAUUGUAAUUGUUAUACCUAAUAAAAUUAAAGUUAUCUUGGUUAAGA